GUCAUUGCUGUGACCCAGCUCAGCGGCUCGUUUGUCGCCGUCGCCUCCCCCAGAUUCCGAAGGAGAAGCCGGGGAAGACGUUGACAUGGAGGUCCCUCCUUUGCGCAGCUGGGACGACUUCUUCCCGGGCUCUGACCGCUUCGCGCGGCCGGAUUUCAAGGACAUUUCCAAAUGGAACAACCGCGUGGUGAGCAACCUGCUCUAUUACCAGACCAACUACCUGGUGGUGGCUGCCAUGAUGAUUUCCGUGGUGGGGUUCUUGAGUCCCUUCAACAUGAUCAUCGGAGGAGUUGUGGUGGUGUUGGUGUUCUCGGGGUUUGUGUGGGGAGCCCAAAACAAAGACAUCUUCCGCCGGAUGAAGAAGGAGUACCCCAUGACGUUUGUGAUGAUGGUCAUGCUGGCUAGCUAUCUCCUCAUCUCCAUGUUUGGGGGAGUCAUGGUCUUUUUGUUUGGUAUCACUUUUCCUUUACUGAUGAUGUUCAUCCACGCGUCCUUGCGGCUUCGAAACCUCAAGAACAAGGUGGAGAAUAAAAUUGAGGGGCUGGGGCUGAAGAAGACGCCGAUGGGCAUUUUCCUGGACGCGCUGGAGCAGCAGGAAGAGGGCUUGAACAAAUUCAGCGACUACUUCAGUAAAGCGAAGGAAUAAGCGGCUGGUCCGGGGAUAGGGAGGGUCUCAGCAGGAAGUCCGUUGCAGCUUGCUCCUGCCUAGACCUACUUUCCGUUUGUGUAUUUGAAAUAGGAGGUGCACGUACCAUCCAGCUACCAAUGGCAGCAUGCAUGUAAAGACCACGUGAUGGAUCCCUCUGCUGUUAGGGAGGGCCUAGAAACCAAAAGUGACCCUGUCCUGACCCACCCCAAGCCAGCCCCGUUUUGUCUGAAGUUUCAAACGUGUUUAGGAAAACUGAUAGGGAGUAGAUCACACUGAUUUCCUAAGGGAAUCAAAGAAUCGUAACUAGUGCAGCAACGAUGCUGCCAGAGGGAAAAGUCAAAGUCAAGUGUGAGGAGGAAUGGGAGUGAAUGAGAGGCUGGCACAGUAGCCUCCGCCUAUUUCUAAUCCCCUCCAGCCUCCUCCCACCCAAAUAGUCCUUCAGCUUGUAAUGUGUGGAGUAUAAGUUACUUUAGUGAUUAUUGAUCUUUUAAAAUCAAAGAUGAUUUCUAUCACUUUGCAACGUAUGGUAUGCAGUGGAAACUGGAUAAGCCAGUGUAUACUUUGUUUACAAAUAUAAAGAUGGCUGUUAAAAUAUUUUGUCAACUUUUUGUAAAUUUUUGAACUAUGACUCGUGUUUUCACCAGCAGAUAUCUGUUCCAAACCUAAUGUCAUCUUCUUUAAGGGGGUUACAGCUCUGUAACAUAUUAUUUUUUAAAAAAGCAAAAAUUGAGUUUUAUUGGUAUUGCAUAUGUUUUAUGAUUUUCAUGGGGGCGGGGUGGAGAAAAGAACAAAAGGUGUCCGGGAUCAUGUUUACUGUACAUUUUUUUCAUUAUUUCUAUUUUAACUGGAACAUUUAGAAACAAAGGAAAUGAAUGUGCAUUUUAUUAAUUCCUUGGGCACAAUGAAGACGAAAGUAGAUGAUCUUUUGAAAUCUGAAAAGCAUUUUUACAGGACUGAGCAAAACUAUUUUUAAAAGUUAAGAUGGGAAUAAUUGCCAGCUUCCGCACUUCAUGAAAACUUUAGGUAGUGAUUGUUGUAAGCAUGGGCUUUUAUAGAUAUCAGAGUACAGAAAGCGUGAGUGUAUGUGGAUUCUACCCCAUUUCUUUCUUCUCUUUACUUCCUAGGUAUUAGAAAUAGGUCAUGGGAAAGGUUUUGCUUGCCAAUUAUGUGACUGCAUAGAAAAACUAGAAAACGGGUUUCCUUCCUGUUGAAUCGUGCAGACAGUUGAAGCUGCGCUUCCUGAAGAGGCCCCCUGUGUUCUCCGAGUCAGAAGCUACAGUAUUAUGCCUAAUUUUUCUUGCGUUUUGGCUCCUCAGCCAACUUUAGCUCAUUGAUGUCACCACGUCAACUUCCCAGACACGGUCAAGAAUCUGUACUAUGCUUACUUGAAUAUGAAGAAUAAAAUGUUUCAAAGGUUUUGGGGUUUUGGGUGAGACUGCACUUAAUGAAAUCCUAUGUUCAACAUCCGAAGGACUCCGUGACAACCCAAUAAGCUAUGAGGCUCUGCCACGCAGCCAAAAUGCUCUUCGCUUGUUUCAAACACCGCCUAAUAAUAAACCAUUUAUACUUUCUAUGCUUCCAGCCAGAGCAAAAUUGAAUUAAAUUGCUUUCUGCAACUUGAUACUGGUUUAUACACAUUUUAGCCCCUUAGCGAUUUUUACAUGGUGUGAACUCUGCUAACUAAAUGUAGUAAAUUUGGAGAAUGUAACGAAAUAUUUUUAAAAAAUACAAUAAUUACUCAUCAUCAAUGGUCAAUUCUGGAAAAAUAAUCAUAGAAAAAAUGUGACGUGAAUGCCAUAAACCAAGAUGAUGUUUGAAAACAAGCUAAAAUAACUAUCAACAGGGAUUUUUUGGUUGGGGUGGAUGGAUGGGAAAAAAUAUAUAUAUAAAUGACUUCAUGUCUGUGUGGAUGAAACCUGUGUAUUGAGGCAGUCAACGGUAAAAUUAGGUAUGUUUUCCUUAUACAUGAGCUAGGGCUAGAGUCCUGCGUGAAGGCUAUUAGCACUUUAAAAAAAUUCCUGACCUUAUUAUUGCUGUCUAUGUAAGCCAAUACAUAGGGCUUUUUGGAACAUCUAAUAAACAUUAGGCUUGUGAAAAUA